AUGGUUCGCACGACGUUGAUUCUGAGCGCACUCUUGGCGGGUGCAGUGUCGGCGGCGCUUGUUCCGCAACACGAGACGCUCGCCCCCGGUCGCGAGACGCACAUUGGUACACCGGUGCAGCACAUUUCUCCGGACAUGGUCCCACUUUCGCACCCACGCAUCCCCGUUGCACCCCAAGCCAUCCCGCACAAUGCUGUGGACGAUUCGUCGGCGCUGGAAGCACCCGCUCUCGAAACGCGCAAGCACCACAGCAAGGGCAAGAAGGUCAACGGCGGCAAGGUGACCUACUAUUACGGGUCGCAACUGCUCAACCCCGCAUGUCCCGGUGCACCUACACCGAGCGACUCGAGCAUGACCGCCGCCAUCAGCUUCGACUCGCCCUUCCAGUGCGGCGACAGGAUCAAGAUCUCGGAUCCCCAGGGCAAACAUGCAGUGGUCACCGUCGUGGACCGCUGCGCAGGCUGCACGUGGAACUGGAUCGACGUCACCAAGGGCGUCUUCCAGGUCUUCUCCGGCCUCGACGCUGGCGUGCUCACCGGCUUGACCAUGACCAAGCAAUAG